UGCUCUUUUACCAUUAACCUAUUCCUCUUUCAUUAUGACCGUUCAUUAUUCCAAAAGCAUAAUUAUUGGCUUUUCUACAUGAAAUGGGUCUGUAUAGUGAGAUAUCACACCUCCUUGCUAUCGUGCUCUUCUUCGCUUCCCGCUCCACGCUCCAAUGCACUCUGCCUAGGGUUACGUUUUUGAUAUAUGACAUUCGGAAAUUUCAGGAAUCCAACGGAAAAAAAGGGACAGGGAAGGACGGUUGGAAGGGGAUCAUACGUGUCAGUUGGUGUCGGCGCCGCUGUUGUAUACUGUAUUGUAUGGUUAACUAGGAGUUGGCACCCUUGAAUUUGAGCUUCACAAAGUUGUUCAUCUUGUCCAAUUAAAUUGUGCUAUGGCAUGAUGCCUGUCAAGGAUGGAUGGCAGCGCUAUGUCUACGCUGCUGGCUC